UCAUUCUUCGACGGGCCGAGCCCAGACUAAACUACAAUAAUCAAAAUUGCCCCCGAGAGAAGAUAUUUCACAGCGAGUCGGUGUCCCACACACCGUUAUCCAUUCCCGCCUUGCAACUCAAGAACUGGCUCGAAGGCAGCUUCAGGUUUUCAGAGACAGUGGAAUAUGAACCUCUUCCUUGUCUCAACUCGGCCUUCCUUCCCUCUCUUCACCUGCCACGCCACCGCUGCCUUGGCCACCCACCCUUCGCCGCCGCCUCCUUCUCCUCAAACCUUGCCGCUGAGCCCUAAUACAUCCGUACAUUCUGCGCUGACCUGCGCUCUUCAUUGCCCACACUUUCAAUCUUGCUCAGGGUGCUCGCACGAGUUCAAUCUCCAUCAUCCCAUUAUAGUCGACGAAGCCACCAAUUUCUUUAAAAAAUAUGGAGUUUCCGAUUUCACAUUUGAUAGCUGCAAACUGUGGGGUUGGAGAUGCCGUGCAAAACUGGCUGUGCGCGGUUCAUCAACGAAACCUCUCAUCGGACUUUAUGAGGAGGGUACUCAUAACGUAGUUGACAUUCCGGAUUGCAAAGCUCAUCAUCCUAAUAUCAAUGCUGCCGUGGACCUGCUUAAACGAGGUAUUACUGAGGUGGAAGUUCAGCCAUAUGAUGAAGAUGAGGGUACUGGUGAUUUACGAUACGUUCAGAUGGCCGUUACAACUUACAACACAUCUCUUCCUGCCGCUGAAAGAUAUAAGAACGGAAAAGUACAGGUCACUUUAGUUUGGAAUUCAAGAAACGAAAAUUCAUCCAGGUCGGACAAACUCAACGCAUUGGCAAAUUUUCUUUGGGGGAAUGGUGGCCCAAGAAGCAGUUUCCAUUUAAUUCACUCUGUGUGGGCCAAUUUCCAGACUUCCACAAACAAUAUCAUUUUUGGGAAUAGAUGGAGACAUCUUCUUGGAGAAAGAGAUUUUUGGGAACGUAUUGGUGGCAUUGAUGUGUCCUUGGCUCCUUCCAGUUUUGGCCAGGCAAACACACGGGCUUUCAAUAUCUUGCUUCAGAAGCUACAGAAGUAUGUUCCAUAUGGAGCAUCUGUUGCAGACUUGUAUGCUGGAGCUGGGGUCAUUGGUUUGUCAUUAGCUUCUACAAGAAAGUGCAGAUCUGUGAAAUGCAUUGAGAUUAACAAAGAGUCGAAACUAUCUUUUGAGAAGACAGCUGAUCGCUUGCCUGCAACGGUUGAGAGUAACAUUACUUGGCAUCAUGCUGAUGCUUCAAAAGAACCUCUUUCUUGGCUUGUGGGCUCAGAUGUUGUUGUCAUUGAUCCUCCUAGAAAAGGACUAGGUGCAUCUCUUGUUGAUACAUUGCAAAAUAUAUCAUCAGUAGAGCAUAGAGUGUUGUCGUCAUCCGAAAGCUCAAGCUCCAGAGUCAGAGAAGAGAAAAGACCUUGGGUUUUGCGUGCUAAGGAAGCUUCAGUCCAUGUUGGAAGCAAAACGCCUCCGGAUGACAGCACACAGUCACUGCCACAAACCCUAAUAUACAUAAGUUGUGGAUGGGAAAGCUUCAAAGAGGACUGCAAAGCACUUUUGUCUAGUAAGGCAUGGCACUUGGAGAAAGCCCAUGGUUUUAAUUUUUUUCCUGGCACCCAAAGCAUUGAAGUUUUAGCAGUAUUCAAGAGGGGCCAUCGCAAAGCAAAAUCAGGAAAAAAGAAGAAGCGAUUGUAAGAAUCAGCGAGAUUUGAUAUAAGCAUGUCCUUCAGCUGGACAUGUAGUUGCCUUCACAACCAUGAGUCAGCAAGACUGUUGUGUGAUUGAAUUUGCAUGGAAGAAACAAUGGGGGAUAAAUGUUGAUCCGGAAGGGGGAAAAGCUGUCAUAAGCAUUUCCUUUGUCUUGUGUCAGUGCUGGUAGAAAAGGGCAUUUUGUUUCAUGAUUUAAUUUAAUUUGUUUCAAAGGAGUAGUCAUAAAUGAAUAUAGUUGUACAUCGCUGUUGUAUGUUAUUAUCCAUCUCUAAGUUCAGAUCAAGUAACGCCAAACUGGGCCUGAGAAAGCUGAUGUUCAAUUCAAUGAUUAGAUGAUUUUCCA